UAUCGCGCAGCAGAAAAGAGAAGAGGAAAAUUUUCGUUCCUCGGCCCGAGAGUUUAGCGAUUUUUUCAGCGUGCGCGUUCCGUUGGCAAAUAAAAGUGGCCAUUCCGCCGUGUGUUUGUUCCGUGGUGUCCCGUGGUUCAAAACGAACCAUUCCCGUGUACUUUCGGCUAGCUCGCGUUGUGAUCGAUUCCAGUGCAGUGCGUUGAAAGUGAAUGAGCAUUUUUGGGGCUGCUUGAAAAGAAAUUUCCGAGGAGGAGAAGGAAAAGAGUGAUUUUGCACCUGGCUUCGGAGCAGAUUCGUCAAAAGGCAGCGUCGAAAAGGGGAAAAGCCUCGUCAUGGAUAAGAGAAAAUUAUCCACAUCCGGCGAUACGCUGUACGAGACGCUCGGUCUGCCCAAGACGGCCACGGCCGACGACAUCAAGAAGACAUACCGGAAGCUGGCCCUCAAAUACCACCCAGACAAGAACCCGAACAACCCAGAGGCCUCCGAUAAGUUCAAAGAAGUGAACCGCGCCCACUCGAUACUCAGUGACCUGACCAAGCGGAACAUCUACGACAACUACGGCUCGCUGGGGCUCUACAUCGCGGAACAGUUUGGCGAGGAGAAUGUCAACGCGUACUUUAUGGUCACGUCGCCAACUUGCAAGGCAAUCUUCCUCGUGUGCGGCAUCGUGACCGGCUGCUAUUGCUGUUGCUGCUGCUGCUGCUGUUGCAACUUCUGCUGCGGCAAGUACCGGCCCCCGACGGCGGAACACAGCGGCGACUACCAUCACUUGAACAGAGAGGGCGGUGGCGCCAGUAGUAGCAAUGCCGGGGAAGGACCAGCGAUUACGUCACAGCCCACGCGAAGUGAGGAUCUGGCCGACCUGGAGGAUCACAGCGGUGCUGCGGGAACCGCCCCGGUGACGUCACAGCCCGUCGCCGGCCAGGCCCAGGGCGCUGGAAUGCCGGUGUUUGCGAUGCCACCACCGGCGGCGAAUCCGACCAAUCCGUUCACGGGUACGGCGGCGACGGAGAGCACGGGCCUGAACUCGGGCGGCCAGCCCGUUUACACGCCAGGUCGCUAAAUUCAACCCGGAUAAUAUCAGCUUAAGAUGCAAAACAAAAAUGAUGGUAUGAUGUAAAUGUAAACGCCAUUGCAAAAAGUAUAUCUUAAAAAAAAAAUACAAAAAUUGAAAACAAUAAAACUACCACAACCAAGCUACACUGGAGCUUGUGCGUGAGACCGACGACAGCGACACAAUAAAGCAAAGCAUAACGUUUUAAGCUGGUUUAGUACUUUUAUCAACCGAUUUGAACAGAGACAAAACACACAAAACAAAAACAUGAAAACAAUAGAAAGCAAAUACCAACUGAACGCGAAUCAGUGAGAAACGAAGACAGUAAUCAAAAAGAAUGCAUAAGAGAAACUGUGUUUAAAUUAGUUACACUAAAGAUUUAGGUAAAUAAUAUGUGGUGAGCAGACUCCGCCUAGGGAGACAGAUUAAGUAUAUAACAAGAAAUCCAAUCCAAUAGUUAUAACUAAUCCAUUAUCACCAAAAACAACACACAAACAACACAGUAUAAGGUUCUCUCUCAUUCAAAGGUACACACCAAAAUUACACACACUUACACCUACACACUAUAUCUCGUAAACGUCGAAUCAAAAAGAGGAACUAUUCCAGAGAAGAAAAAAUCACGUUGAAAAGCCGGAAGUUUGAGCAUUAUUGAGGAAGUAAAGUUCCCCUCCUCAUUAUACAUAUAAUAUAUACUACGUGUUACUAUUUCGAUUUGCAAAACAAAAAAAAUAUUUAAAUUUCAACACAAAACGGAGAUACAUCUGUUAUUUUUUGUGUAGUAUUUUCUCCUCAUUGUGUAAAGAAGACAAACAAACAAUUAUCACUAUGAGCAACGCAAGAAACUCUUCUAAAUAGCAUGAAAUAAAUGAAAACCUCUAUUUAACGCAAAAAAAAAAACAAUUGUGUGGAAUUAAAAAUAAGCCGAAAUCGACACACAACAUAAGAAGAGAGUCUAUAAAUAACAAACUACAACAAAAACAAACAUACAAAAAACUCCAUAGUAAAGAGAAGCUACAUUAUUCAAUUGUAAUCAUAUUCGUCACUAAGACAUAACAAUUGAACAACAAAAAGGCGGUUGCAGAAGGAGAGAAAAAUAACUACGAUAAUAAACUUUUUCAUUGCGCCAGUUAUACUCAA